CCACUUCAGCAUACUGGUAAUGAAAAUAAUUUAUUUGCUUAACAAAUACAUUACUUGAACAAUUCAACAUUUCCUCGCAUAGAGAUUAUACAAAUAAUUUUUCAUAAUUUGUCUUAAUAUUUUCUUACAUGCAAACAGGAUAUCACACACCCAAGACCACAAUUGUACAGGAAAUUCCAAAACCCCCAAAGAAGAACACUUGAAAGCAGUGUAGGGCAUCUUAACGUAAAGCACACAUGAACAGCUUCUUAAGACAUUAACUCCAAGGGAUGUUCAAAAAAACGAUUUGAUGGUGAACACAGAAGAUUGUACGGAGAUGAAUAUCUAUGCCAACAGGGACGAAAUAAACAGUCACGAUGUCUGCAGAGCAACAAAAGAUACCAGGAAUAACCAAACUUUUCAACACACAGGAAGUGAGACUGUGAGGAACAGAAGUCACAGAUCAGUUCUAGUGUGUUUGGUGGUGUUGUGUGUUCUUCUACUGACUGCAGUCAUAGUGUUGUGUGUCCUGAUCUAUACAAACAAUCACCAGUUUCACAUCAACAACAAAAACAUCACAGAAGAGAGAGACCAACUACUAACCAAAUAUACCAACAUCACAGAAGAGAGAGACCAACUACUAACCAAAUAUACCAACAUCACAGAAGACAGAGACCAACUACUAACCAAAUAUACCAACAUCACAGAAGAUAGAGAUGAAUUAAGAGCCAAGUUCAAUAAUGUUACUAAACUAUACGAAGAGCUGAGGACACAUCUUUAUGAUGGAUGGAUUUACUAUAAAUUCAGUUUGUACUUCAUUUCAUCUGAGGAGAAGAACUGGAGUGAGAGCAGAAGAUACUGUACAGAGAGAGGAGCAGAUCUGAUCAUCAUUAACAACAAAGAGGAACAAGAUUUUAUUGAGAAGAAAACAAGUAAAGAAAGAUUCUGGAUUGGUUUGUCUGAUAGUGAUGAGGAGGGCAGAUGGAAAUGGGUUGAUGGCAGCGCAAUGACCUCUGGCUUCUGGAGUUCUGGAGAACCCAACGGACGAACAAAGGAGAACUGUGUUGAGUCUCUGGCAUUAGUGUGGAAUGAUCUUUAUUGUCAUGUGACUCGAAAAUGGAUCUGUGAGAGAAUUUUUUAAAAUUAGUUACCAAAUGAGAUACAUGUUUAUUCAGGCAGAUAUGACAACAAGAGCUUUAACAAGUAGUUUACAUACAACACCAGGACCUUUAAGUCAUUUGAGCAAGUUUAUUUGUGUGUAUUUGGUCAAACUUCUUAGAGGUCUACACAAAGAGUGUACCUCAACUUUGUGAAGUUGUGACGACAACUUGUAGAGAUGUA